GUGCUGCUGGCCGGCUCGUUCAUGGAGUGUCUACUUUAGUUCGUAAAUAAAAAUUGAGGCGUCCAUGAAUAUCCAUGAGAAGAAGAGCAUAAGCGGCGAAGUGGGGCGAAAAGCUCAGUUAGGCACGUCGCAAUUGCAAUGGAUGAAUUAAUGAAACUAGAACAGGUACAGAGUAUGCUAGAUUUUAUGGGGUCUCGGGGCUUGGUGAAAUGCUCAACUGACUCGGAUCACCAGUCAAAUCGCUUCCUCGCUAAUCUCAUGCUCUUCUUGAUUCAACCUUGUGGAAAGCUUGGCAUGGACAAAAAAUGCAGCUUGGUUUGUGAGUUUAUGCCUAGACUCUCAUCUACUCUUUUGGAGGAGACAUCUCAUUGGCUUAAUCAUGGUGGCAUGAUGAAAGAAGAAAAUAGUAGUAUAGGCCAUAAUCAUUGCACUCCUUUAGGGGGUCAACAGAAUCUUGUAGGAAAUUCUUUGCGGCUUAGUUGUGAUCAGAUGACAUAUAAUAAUUUGUUGCGAAAUAAUGAUGAAAACUUGGCCAUGGUUGGGCUGGAUUCUAUGGAAGAUGCUAAUUCCACUCUUGAGGAUUUUUGCAGAUCCUAUUUUAUGUUUCAUGGAUUGGAUGUCUGCAAGCCACAAUCAAUAUUCAAGUACUUACCAAUACUUUCAUUCACAGAGAGUUACAUUUAUCAGGUUAUUAUGAUGCAGCUGGAUAGAAUGAAUGAGAAGUUACUGCAAACACCGACCAAUGGAGAGUCUGUUUCAGGAGGAAAAUAUGAGAAAGUUACGCCAUUGUUGAUUUCCUGCAUCUCAAAGAAUCCAUUUGGACCACUUGCGACUCUUCUUGGACACAAAGGCCUUUUGACCCAUAGAAUAAGAGAAGAGCUUAGGCAAGGAGAAGAAUAUUGGGGUCUUGAAAGGAAGCUUUGUCAUGCGCUAGCAAAUAAAGAGGAGAUACUUGUUGAAGAUGUGAUGAAGGCUAUUCAUCUAAAAUCUUUUGAUUAUCGAGUUAUGAAUCUUCUUCUCUACAAGCUAAGGGGAGAGAAGGUUGAGGAGUUGCAUAUGGAGUUUCUUUCAGUUUCAGAGUUCCUAGUGGAAGUUGCUGAUGAUUUGUAUGACUAUGAGGAUGAUGUUCUAGAGAACAACUUUAAUGUAUUGCGCAUGUUUGUCAGAAUAUAUGGAGCUUCAACUGCCUCAGCUAUGCUGGCUAAGUGCAUUAGUGAGGCUGAAGAUAAGUAUGAUGGUUUACUGAAGUCGCUGGAUCCACAGCUAUCAUUGAGCUAUCAAAAAAGAUGUGAAGAAGCUACGAAGGAAGGUGGAAUGAUAUCUGGUCACGCUCAUGGCACGUGGAAUAUACCAACGGUGAUAAUAGAUGAGGAACUGUAUAGGAAGUCUAAUUUGUCUGGUUUGCCUUCUUGAUAUGUACUUGUAGAAUCUAAAAGAAAUCUCACACUAGGACAUUCAGAGAAAUUCUGAAUGUAAACUGGAAAAAUCUCACAAAAUUUUAUGACAAGAAUCUAUUCGCUGGAAUGUGCUACUUCAACAUAUGAACCAUCAGCCGGCUUUCUUUUUUGGUUCUGAGCUAGAGGGGUAGGUACUAAAAGUCUGAGAUUACAAAUAGGAUUGAAUCCGCAACCUCUCAUUUACAAAAAGAGCUUACAUGCCACUAGGUUAUAAGGCUAGAGACUUCUGGAUUCUGACUGAGUCUGCAUUGCAAGGCCUCAGUCAAUAUUCAAAAUUUCAAGCAUUUACUUGAAGUUUCAUUCGCAGAGUCUUAUUUAUCAGGGACAGUUAUCACAGAUGCCAAAUUAGAGCGUACCUGAUAAAUGCGACGCUCUGUGAAUGAAAGUGUGGGUAAGAAUUUGGGUAUUGAAUGUGAUCUGCUCAUAUCCAAAGUCUUCAGUCUAUUGCUCAAUUGAUUUUUAUUCAUAAACUUUGAGCUCCUGCA